CAGCUGUACGCCCGCGAUUGAUACCGCUGACAACAGAGAAAGAAAAUCAAGAUGGCGGGAGCAAAGUUCGAAUAUGAUGAAAAGGGGACAACGUUUUAUUACUUCCUCAUCUCGUUUUACGCCCUUGUUCUAAUACCUCUUACGUAUUAUGUAUGGAAUAACAUUAAAAACACAGAAGAUAAAAAGAAGACGAAACGGGAAUGUAAUUGCCCGCCAUGCCAAGAAAAACGCCAUCAUAUAAGGAAGAGGGAGCCAAAAACAAAGACGCUAAAGUAUUUAAGUAUUACUGUUAUUGUCAUCCUAUGGAUAGUGUUCUUCGCUGGCGCUUAUAAGAUAUCCCAGUUUGACCGAGACUUUGCCGAGUAUGACCCAUAUGCAGUCUUGGAGAUUGACAGGGGAGCAAGUGUUGCUGAAAUUCGUCGUCAAUACAGAAGUCUCAGUAAAAAAUACCAUCCAGACAAAGAGACUGGUGACCCCAGGAAGUUUAUGAGAAUUGCAAAGGCCUAUGAAGCGUUAACAAAUGAGGAGUCUAGAAAGAAUUGGGAAGAGCAUGGGAACCCUGAUGGUCCAGGAGCUACUAGCUUUGGCAUUGCCCUUCCAUCUUGGCUUGUCAGCAAGGAGAAUUCUAUGUGGGUUCUAGCAGCAUAUGGACUGGCAUUUAUGAUCAUUCUUCCUAUAUCAGUGGGCACUUGGUGGUACAAGUCAAUUCAGUACAGCUGUGACCAAAUCUUGCUGGAUACUACCCAACUUUACUACUACUUCUUCCACAAGACACCUGCCAUGCAAAUAAAACGAAUUCUUAUGAUUUUGGCUGGCUCAUUAGAGUUCGAGAAGGGUCACAAUGGAGAAGUGCAAGAGAGAGUCACUGACAAUAUUGAGAUCCCUCAGCUGAUGCGGGAUCUGCCAAAUCUUGGUGACAAGAAUAAGGAGCCGCCCCUCUGUUACCCAUACAGCAUCAAGGCGCGGUCCCUUAUACACGCCCAUCUGGGCCGCAUGGAGCUGCCCCCUGAAACACUUAAGCAAGAUUUGCACUUGAUUCUAAAGAAAGGCCCUAUGCUAAUUCAAGAAAUGAUCAACUGUGUAGCUCAGCUUAUAGCCAUGGCUAAAGCUGGCAGAACUUCUAACAUGCCUCGGCUGGAUACUGUGGAGAAUGUCAUGAAGGUCUGUCCAAUGCUUGUGCAAGGGCUGUGGGAUAACAAGUCUCCACUUCUGCAGCUGCCACAUCUCAAUCAAGAAAAUCUACGCCACUUCACCACUAAAAAGAGAAAUAUCCGCUCCAUUAGGCAACUUAUUUCUAUGAGGGAAGAUGAGAGAAGGGCAUUGCUGCGAGGUCUAGGAGAAGAAGAAUAUCAGGAUAUUAUCAAUGUGUGCUGGAUGCUUCCAUCUGUUGAGAUGUCCGUACGGGCACAUGUUCUUGAUGAUACUGAAGACAAAACGUUAAUCACAGUAGGAGAUAUUGUGACUAUAUCAACCACGCUCAAGCGCCGGGUUUUAGGGGAGUUUUUUGAUGACGAGGAAGCGGAGCCACCGACGGAGGAGCAAACAGAAACAAGACCAGAGGAUAAGGAUUCGCCCAAGCCACAGAAAGUCUGGCUUAAGAACAAGAAAAAGGGGAAGAAAGCGAAACCCAACAAGCAGCAAGUGAAAAAGAAACCGGCUAAACCAGUACAGAAAAAGAAAGAUGGAGAGAAAGACGAGAAGGAAGACGAGAAGAAAGAAAACGACGACAAAAACAACGAUAGUGACGAUGGUGAAGAAGGUGACGAGGAGAAAGAUGAUAAGAUUGACUCUGGUGAGGAGGACAGCGGAGACGAGGGAAGUGGACCUGGCGAUAGCGAUGGAGAGAACGACAAGACAGAAAGCAACACCAAGUCCCCCGAGGAGGACGAGGAGGAAUGGGAACGACUGCAAGCUGACGUCAAGAAUAUUGAAAGUGUCCUGGAAACAAAAUCCAAAGAGACCUAUCCCGUACACGCUCCAUACUUUCCGCUGGAGAAGCAGGAGUGGUGGUGGAUAUACGUGACAGAUCGACGGAAAACAGCACUCAUUACGCCUCCUUCGCAAGUCUGCACGCUUAGAGACGAGGAAGAGGUUGAGUUAAAAUUCCAAGCACCCGAGAAGCCCGGUACAUACUACUACACUGUCACCCUCCGCUCAGACUCCUACCUUGACUGUGACGUACACCAAAAUUUUAAGAUCGUUGUCGAAGAAGCCAAAGAGUUCGAGACGAAGCAAUGGGACUUCGACACCGAUGAGGACAACCAGGACGGCGACAUGGAAAGCGGGGACAGUGAAUUUGACGACGAUGACGAUGACUACAGCGAUUAACGGCAAUAACUCUUAACAAAAGCACUACGUCCAUGAUAUAUUGCGACUUUGAAUUCCACGAUUAACGACUUGUAAAAUGCAGUGGCUCUUUUCGGUUCAAGAUCAAUACACGCACAUAUGCGCUACAAGGAACGGAAAAAUCAGUGAUUGGUAAUUAAAUGAAACCAGUCAGUCUCCUUUAAUUUUUGUUUUCUUUGCAUUGUUUACGAAAAGAAUUACGAAAUAACAAUCCAAAAGAACCCAAUUCCUAAACCAAGCACGAUCGUUACAAAUGCCAAAGGGAGUGUAGAUAAGCCGAUGGGCCAAAUGUUGUAAUGAUACAUCUUAUGUAUCAAGACCUGGUAAAAUAAAGAGCAGCAAAAUUCGUGAAAGAACUCGUAAAAUUUUAAUAAUUAUGUCGAAUUAGGGUGUUUUAGCGUGACGUGAUGCUUACGUGACAUUGCCGUGAUAGAUACGUGAGAGUGCCGUGACCUUAUUGUUAUAGUUAGGUGACAAUGCUGCGACCUUGUCGUGUUGGUUACGUGACAUUAUCGUGACAGUUACUUGACAGUGCUGUGACCAUGUCGUGAUAGUUACGUGCCGUGACCGUAUCGUGACAUUAACUGAUGAUAUUGUUGCCGUGACGAGUGAGGCGUGACGGUGACAUGACCGUUGCGAUAACCUGGCGUUACCGUUACCGCGACCGGUCUGUAACCUUAAAGACUCCAGAUACGACAUGUGUGACUUUGUUGCUUUGAUUACAUUUUUAAUAUUGAAGUAUCUGAUCACGUCUGGAAAUAUUAUUAUCCUUAGAUUUUUUUAUGCCUUUUCUAUUGUAGGAAUGUUGAAAUUCACAGCCACUUAAAUCUACAUCUCGUUUACAGUCAUUUUAUGACAGUAAUUUUGUCACACAAGUCGAUUCCAGAGUUUUAAAGUUACCAUCCUAUCAUCAAUUAAUUUAUAACUUUCUUUUAGCCCAUUGUUUUGUUCAUCCUGUGCGACCAUGCAUUGUCAUGCUCCUGUAGAAAUGAAUCAUAUUAAAAGACAAAUAAAGUAAAGCUCGGGUGA